CGGCGCGCCGGUGAGUCAGGCCGGGUUUUCCCUCCGCCUCUGGGGCAGGCGAGCGAGCGCCGCGGAGCGCGUCCCUCCCUCGCCAAUCCGGCUCCGGCGCCCGCCCGCCCGGUCGGCUGGCCGCGUUUUCCAGGCGCCUGCCGCCUGGUCGCUCCGGCCCGGCUCGCAUUCUCGCCUGGAGCCGACGCUUGGAGGGAGGGUUCGAAUCCGCGCGAGGGAACUGUCGCGCGCUAGGGGCGCGGAGCGGCGCCAGCAUGGAGUCCUGUCCUGGGUUUUCUUUCCGGGACCCAUAUCUGCCUCCUGGGCCUGGGCCAGGCAGGUGGCUGACAUAGGCAAAGAGCAACUGGUUUUAGAGUAUUGGAGAGAUUGGGCAGCAAGUGCCCACCUGCCUCUGACGGAGCCUCCCAAUCCCCAGAAACAGCUGCCUGUGCCCUGCUGAAAGUUCAUGGCCACAGCCCUGGGCCCUGCUGGCAUUGUCAUGGGCAGCGUGGGCAGCCUGUUGGAACGGCAGGACUUGUCCCCGGAAGAGCUACGGGCAGCGCUUGCAGGGCCCCGGGGUUCCCGCCAGCCUGAUGGGCUCCUCCGGAAGGGCCUGGGCCAGCGUGAGCUCCUCAGCUACCUGCACCUCCCCAAGAAGGACAGCAAGACGGCCAAGCGUGCCCCUCGGAACGAGAGUGCUGACUACACCACCCUCUACUACCGGGAGCAUCCUCGAGCUGGUGACUUCAGCAAGACUUCACUGCCCGAGCGGGGUCGCUUUGACAAGUGCCGCAUUCGCCCAUCGGUGUUCAAGCCCGUGGCGGGCGCUGGGAAAGGCUUCCUGUCCAUGCAGAGCCUGGCAGCCCACAAGGGCCAGAAGCUGUGGCGCAGCAAUGGCAGCCUGCACACAUUGGCCUGCCACCCACCCCUGAGCCCAGGGCCCCGGACCAGCCAGGCACAGGCCCGGGCCCAGCUGUUGCAUGCACUCAGCCUGGACGAGGGCGGCCCCGAGCCCGAGCCCAGCCUGUCUGACUCCUCCAGCGGGGGCAGCUUUGGCCGCAGUCCUGGCACUGGUCCUGGCCCCUUCAGUUCCUCUUUGGGCCACAUUAACCACCUUGGGGGCUCCCUGGACCGGGCCUCCCGGGUCCCCAAGGAGGCUGGGCCACUGGCGAUGCUGAGCUGCCUGCCCGAGCCACCGCCCCCCUAUGAGUUCUCCUGCCCCUCCGCCGAGGAGGUGGUGGCCCUGCUUCCCGACACCUGUGAAGAUCUCAAGAGAGGCCUCGGUGAUGAGGAUGGCUCCAACCCUUUCACACAGGUGCUGGAAGAGCGCCAGCGGCUGUGGCUGUCCGAGCUGAAGCGCCUGUAUGUGGAAAGGCUGCACGAGGUGGCUCAGAAGGCAGAGCGCAGUGAGCGCAACCUCCAGCUCCAGCUGUUCAUGGCCCAGCAGGAGCAGCGGCGGCUGCGCAAAGAGCUCCGGGCACAGCAGGGCCUGGGCCCCGAGCCUCGGCCCCCCGGUGCCCUCCCGGAUGCUGACCCUAACACCCGACCAGAGGAGGAAGCCCGAUGGGAGGUGUGCCAGAAGACGGCGGAGAUUAGCCUCUUGAAGCAGCAGCUGCGGGAGGCUCAGGCCGAGCUGGCGCAGAAGCUGGCCGAGAUCUUCAGCCUCAAGACGCAACUUCGGGGCAGCCGGGCGCAGGCGCAGGCCCAGGACGCAGAGCUGGCCCAGCUGCGCGAGGCCAUGCGGAGCCUGCAGGAGCAGGGCCCUCGGGAGGAAGCCCAGGGCAGCUGUGAGACCGACGACUGCAAGAGCAGGGGGCUGCUGGGGGAGGCGGGUGGCAGCAGCGAGGCCGCAGGUGGCGCCGAGCAGCUGCGGGCCCAGCUGGUGCAGGAGCGGCUCCGAGCCCAGGAGCAGGCACUGUGCUUUGAGCGGGAGCGGCGGACGUGGCAGGAGGAGAAGGAAAGGGUGCUGCGCUACCAGCGGGAGAUCCAAGGAGGCUACCUGGACAUGUACCGCCGCAACCAGGCGCUGGAACAAGAGCUGCGGGCGCUGCGGGAGCCCCCAGCACCCUGGAGUCCUCGGCUGGAGUCCUCCAAGAUCUGAAGCCAGGGGGUGAGCGGGCUGCAGAAGCACCGCCAGAAAGCGGCUUGGACGAGCCCGCGCUGAGAGGGCUGGCUCCUUCCUUACACUGGUUGGGGGCAGGAGCUGCUGAGGCCAGCCAGGAGUGGGGAGGCCCACCGAGAGGAGGGGUCCAGCGCUGCUGUGGGCUGGAUAGGGUGCCCUCCUGGCAGAGGAGCACCUCGGCAGGGCCCCGCCCUGCUCCCUGGAGUAGAUGUGGCCCAGAGAAGGAGGCUGGGGGACCAAGGGCCCCGUGAUGCAGAAGGGCAGGCGUGAAGGAGGGAGGCUGGGACGGGGACAUUGGCCUCCCUCAGAAUAAAAUCACAUUUUCUACAA